AUGGAGCCGCCUCUGAAACGCAGCAAAAGCGGGAGCUUGUGUCACUCGACGCAGGUGCCAAAACUGGGUUCGCUGGAUCCCGCCUCGGGCGGCAAAUUGGCGGACUUCCGGCGCUCUUGCAAAGAUGGUGGCCUGGACUGCGACACGAUCCAUUACUCCGUGCCCAGACCUGCAGGGGACGGAGAAGUCGCAGGCAAAGUGACAUGGUUUGGUGACGUGCAAUGGGUCAUUGAUGGGACUCCUGAUCCUGAGAAGGUGCAGCAGACAAUCGACGUCUCCAAAAUUCGAUAUGCUUUUGAAGCUGGCACGACGGCACCACCAGGAGAUGAGGCUGGCCAUGGUGAAAUGGUUGCCUUCAAUGGCAAUGCCUACAUUCGAUCCACUCGAACUGGAAGUUCCGAAUUUUACAAGACCGUGUAUGGCCCCUACAUGCGCUGUGAAGCAGCCGGGCUGGUGGGACCUCCAAAUGCCACUCCAGAUCUGGUUGCCACCACAUUACUGGGAGGUAUGACCUGGACUUCUGCCAUCAAUGACAUGUUCUCAACUAUCGAAAAUCGCAGCGGAGCACCGGCGGCCGCAUUUGGCGGCAUGGUCACCUUCGAAAAGUUGAUAGGCAGGCAACCCAUGCCAGCUAAGGACAAGUACUACCCGUUCGCUCCCCAUGUGGAGCACAAUGUCAAUUGCGUAGUUGUCGGCUUCGUUGCCGACAUGCCUGCUGUCGAGAAGCAGGGCAUCACAGGACUCGAGAAGGUCUUGUACAAGGGAGCCUCUGGAUCUGCUGGAGGAGGAGCUGCGGACUUCCUCACCUUGCAUGCCCAUCUGGUGACGCUGCGGCGCAGCUGCAAGGCAAAAACGCCUCAAGAGGUGCUGCCUCAGGAUGUGAAGGAGGUCUACCACCUGGAUUCAUCCAGCAUCGUUUCGAGUUUCAAUCUGGAAGUAUGGCUCAUCAAUGAAAGCAUGCAAGAGCACGCUGCGAUGUCGGAAGAUUCGGUGUGUCCGCUAAUCGCACCGCCUCCAAGCACGUGCAACUGUUCCGAAUGGGUGGUCAACGCAUUAGUUGAUGCUGGUGUGACGCACGUCUUUGGUGGACAUGGUGGUGCCCUUGUACCACUAGUGAAUGCGAUCGUGAGCCAUCCGAAGGUGCAGUGGGUUUGCACACGAAACGAGGCCAAUGCCUCACUCAUGGCAGCUGCCUAUUCCAAACUGACGGGCAACUUGGGGGUUUGCGUUGCUACAUCAGGGCCGGGAGCCUCAAACCUGACAACGGGCCUGCUCGACGCCUUGCAAGAUCAGUGCUCGAUGAUUGCGAUUACAGGCCUCAAGCCGAGAGGUGGCAUCGGCUACAGCGAAUUCCAAGACCUCCAACAGAGUCGCAUGUUUGCAGCUGGGGGCCUGCCGCUGAGUCUCGACGUCUCGAGCCCUGAUGCCCUGGUACCACUGGUCCGAGAUGCUGUCGCGAAGGCACUGUCCCUGCGAACGGUUGUUCAUCUGGGCUUGCCAGUAGACGUCCAGGCUGCGAAAAGUCCAGUUCCCUUGAAGCCUUUCUGUGCAGCAGAUGUAAGGGAUGAGGUUGAGCUGUCAGAGACGCACUCGUAUGUCAUCAAGAAUGUUGCUUCUGAGCUCCGAGCUGCCUCUGGCCGUGGAAGUGGCCGGGUUGUGAUCGCCGUGGGCCAUCGUGCGGUGGGUGCCGGGAAGGAGAUCCUCCAGCUUGCUGAGCGCAUCAAUGCUCCGGUGCUGACACGGCUUGAUGCGAAAGGAUGCGUCGACGAGUCUCACAACCUCGUCUUUGGCGUUAUCGGUGUACACGGCAAAUCUGGACUUGAGCUCGCGACGAAAGUCAUUGAGACUUCUCAGUUGGUGAUUUCCAUUGGUAACCACGACGAUACCCUGUUGUUGUGCAACAGGGCUGGCCUGCAAAUUCGGCCUAUGAUCACGUUCGAGCCCGAUGCCAUGUGCCUACGGAUCAAUGCAAGAUACAGAGCGUUGUACGAUGUCGUUGGAAACGUGAAGUUUACUCUCCGUCGACUGUUGACUGAGCUGGGGCCGCAGGAGAAAGACCCUAUUGCCAAGAAUCCGAGUUUCAUGGAGGGCUGGCACAGGGAGUUGGCCUACAGCGGGAUGGACAUUGUGACGCCGCUGGACGCUGCCAACCUCCACAUGGCACCUCCACCCCGUCAUGCGAAACUGGAGCUCCCGGCGGAUGCCAAGAAGUUAUGGUCUGACAUCCACAACGGCAAGUGGAAGCUGCACAAAAGAGAAUCAUCUCGGUUCUUGUGCACGAGCCCAGCCUCGCAAGACCUGUCCCACCCGGACACAGUCAUGAAGGAGAUGUCUCGGCGCAUGGAGACCAACGACGUUCUCUGUGUGGAUGUUGGUGAUGUGACCCUGUGGGCCAGUUUGUCAGCUUGCCUCACCAAGGGACAAAGGACCUUGUCCUCGGAGCGACUAGGGACCAUGGGCUACGGCCUUUGCGCGGGCAUUGUCGCUAGCCUCGUCCGAGCUGGUGAUGGACGAGCUGUCGUCGUCAUAGGUGACGGCGGUGUUCAGAUGAGCAUCAACGAGCUGGGCACUGCGCAGCAUCUGUUUGCCAACUCGAACAAGGACCAUAGCCUCAUUCUUGUCAUCCUUGACAACGCAAAGCUCGGCCGGGUUGCCUUCGGAUUUGAAGGGGCCCUGGGCUGUGAUCUUGGCCCCUCGCCCGACUUCCCAGCCAUUGGCAAGGCGUAUGGUGGCAACGGCGUGAAGGUGGCAUCGGCUGCAGAUCUUACAGGUGCCAUGGAUGAGGCUUUCAAGUCCACGGGCAUCUUCAUCCUUCACGUCCUCAUAGAUCCGCUGCUGAAGGCUGACAUGGCGACGUUCCAGGACAAGUCAAUCACCAUGAUGGACAGUGGCUGA